AGGAAGAGAGAGAUGAAUAGGGGGGGAAGUAACAAGGGAGGAGGGUUGGGAGGGGUGAAGCAGCCGAUAGGGCAGAAGAGGCUGACCAACGUGGCGGUGGUGCGUCUUAAGAAGCGCGGCAACCGCUUCGAAAUCGCUUGCUACAAGAACAAGGUCCUCUCAUGGCGCGCCGGCGUGGAGAAAGAUUUGGAUGAGGUGUUGCAGUCCAAGACUGUGUACUCGAAUGUUUCCAAAGGUGUUCUCGCCAAGAGCAAGGAUUUGAUCGCUGCGUUUGGCUCGGAUGAUCAGGAGAAGAUCUGUUUGGAGAUACUGGAUAAAGGAGAGCUUCAGAUUGCUGGGAAGGAGAGAGAGUCUCAGUUGUCCAGUCAGUUUCGGGAUAUCGCCACUAUUGUGAUGCAGAAGACAUAUAAUCCAGAGACUCGGCGCCCUUACACUAUCAGUUUGAUUGAGAGGUUGAUGCAUGAGAUUCAUUUUAAUGUGGAUCCGCACAGUGGCUCGAAAAAGCAGGCCCUUGAAGUCAUUCAUGAGCUGCAAAAGCAGUUCCCAAUCAAGCGGUCUCCCAUGAGGUUGCGACUCAAGGUUCCUGAACAACAGGUCUCAGCACUCAUGGAGAAGCUUACAACUUGGAAUGCUUCUGUUGUUUCACAAGAUACAUCUGGAAAUCUGUUAUCCAUUAUUUGUGAACUUGAUCCUGGUUUCUAUCGGGACUGUGAGGGUUUGAUGAUGAAUUUACAUGGGAAGUAUGAAGUUCUUGCUCUCUCUGUGCAUGCAGAAGGUGACACAGUUAUCGAUCAGCAUGAAGAUUACGAGGACGAACCACCCCGCUCACUCAUCCAAUCUGCUGAUUCUAACUUGGGAAAGAAGGAAUCAUCUGGUUUAGUCACACAAUUGAGUGAGAAAUUGGAAGCACAGAGCAUCUCUACUGGGAAUUUGAAGGGCACCGGAGAAGGGAGACAAAGUAAAUGCAGCACUUGCAAUGCAGUUUUUGGUGAUUCCAAGCAGUUCAGGGAUCACUUCAAGAGUGAGUGGCACAAGCAAAACUUGAGACGCAAGAGCAAGCAACUUCCUCCUCUUACAGAAGAUGAGUGUGCAGCUGACAUUGACAUGGAUGACUCUAAGGCAGAUUUGAAGGAUUACUCUUUCUGAACGAGGUUCGCAUGUUUAACCUGAGAUUUUCAUGGUUGUUAGUCUGCUUUGAUGAGAGAAAGUGAAUGAAAGUGUAGUGUGUAAAGGUGUCUGCAGAAUUAUGUACUCAAGACUUGGCCAAACUAUUAACCUAACAAUAUCUACGUCUUAUUGAAAGUCUAUGAAAGUAGUCACUACUCAAA